AUUUUUUUUGAAAAUAUUGACCAACUUUUAUUUGGUUUAUUUAAGAUCUCUAUCUCGAGCAGCACUUUGAAAUCGGCCAGUUUUGUUUUCUCCUCACCUUCACCAUUCUUUAUUCCGCAUCCCACUCCGCUCUACCCUCCUUUUAACGCACCUUAAUACACGACAUUCUUUAUCAUCCACCUUUACAUUUUUUACAGCCAACACUUACAAAUAUCAAUAAUGAAGUUCUCCUUGCUUAUCGUCCUGAUGUUUACGCUCUUUGCUGUCGCAUUCGGCGCACCGGUUAUGAAGCGCGCAGAAGCUGUUGGCAUGUCGGCUCCCACGCCGGAUAAUGGAAUUGCUCUUCCGGGUUUUGGCGAGAGUGUUUUCAGCUGGCUUGAUCGUCUCAUUACCCCACUGCCUAUCAUUGGUCCGUUUACAAACCUGCUCCCCAACAGGCGGCCCAGCCUGCUCCCCAACAGGCGGCUCAACCUGCUGCAAGACCGGUUGCCCAACAAGCACCUCAAGCUGCUGCCCAACCUGUUGCAAAACCAGCAGUUGCUCAGCCCGCUGCCCAGCCUGCUGCAAGGCCGGCAGUUCCCCAGGCCGCUGCCCAGCCUGCUGCAAGACCAGCAGUUCCCCAAGCCGCUGCCCAGCCUGCUGCAAGACCAGCAGUUCCCCAGGCCGCUGCCCAGCCUGCUGCAAGACCAGCAGUUCCCCAGGCCGCUGCCCAGCCUGCUGCAAGACCGGCAGUUCCCCAGGCCGCUGCCCAGCCUGCUGCAAGACCGGCAGUUCCCCAGGCCGCUGCCCAGCCUGCUGCAAGACCGGCAGUUCCCCAGGCCGCUGCCCAGCCUGCUGCAAGACCGGCAGUUCCCCAGGCCGCUGCCCAGCCUGCUGCAAGACCGGCAGUUCCCCAGACUGCUGCCCAGCCAGUUGCUAGACCAGCUGCCCAACAGGUGGCCCAACCCCCUGCCGCCCAGGCUCAGACUCAACCUCAACAGCGCCCUGCUACUGGUGGCUUCCCUGGCCUACCUGAAGGUCUUGGUGGUCUUAGUGGUCUUGGUGGUCUUGGUGGAUUUGGCAUCCCAGCUUAGCUUUAUUUCAGAAAACAUAACUAACACCUAA